CGUCCUCCCCGCUCCUCUCUCUGGUUCUGUCGGAGCAGAGUGACCCGGAGCCUCCGGACCGGGAUUAUCGGAGUGGAAGAUGCGGGCAGCUGCGCACCAGCUGGCCGCAGUGCUGGCUCUGUUUGCCGCAGUGUCGGGGGCGCAGGCGGAGGUGAUCGAUGACAUCCUGAGCAGCCUCUCCAGGGGAGCAUCCUUCCUGGAGCGGCAACAUGAGCACAUCAACCUGGACGGGGUGGUCGGGUUCCUCAUGCUGCAGGCUGAACUGAAGGAGGCAGUCCGGACGUGGCCUCACAGCGACCCCGUCAGCUGGGCUCAGAGAACCUCCGCCGUCGCUCUGGUCAAACGUCUCGACCAAAGCUUCGACAAGGCCGUCGCCGCCCUGCAGCAGAACGACCCCAAAUACUACAGAGAGUUUGAGCCUCUGCUGUCGUGGAGUUUCUGGUUGAUUCCUCAGGGGUGGAGCUCCACAGAUCCCAGCCUGGUCUACCCCUCCACCAUGACCACCGAGUGCUACGACGAGCAGCUCAGCGACAAGUGUCUGACCCUGCUGCUGGGAACCUGGAAGAUGAACGGGACGCCCUGCAUCGUCACCAAGCCCUGUCGGGACACCAUGACUCGUUUCGGAUGUCCACACUACUCUCUGUCCCACCAGCUGCUCUACUUCAUGAUCGGAAAAAUGAGAGGCUGCACCAACCUGCUGAAAGGCGACACUCGAGCGUCCCGAGCCAACAUGACCGAACGCAGCUACGAGAAGAUCUUCUGCUCCAACAUGAUGAAGACCAACCAGGACAUCAUCAAGGACGGCCUGACGGAGCAGACGGUGGACAUCUUCAUCGAAAACAUCCUGAUUUGUGGAUUGGCCGGUUUCUCCGACUUCUACAAAGCUGAUUGGCUGCAGCACAUCCUCAGGCUGCAGGAUGAGGAAGUGGGCUGCUUUGGGAGAGACAAGAGCAUCAUCUCUCAGAUCAUCGGAGACGAGCUGCUGGAACAGCUGCAGCCUCACAGGAGAGUGAAGAGGAGGGAGAAGAUACUUCCAGAUGGCUGUUCCAGUCACAUGACGGCGGUGGCUGUUGGCGCUCUGGGAGGAUACCUGAACUACUACCUGGCGGAGCAGGACAUAACGAAGAGGCCGCUCUCCUGAACGCCCCCCACCUUCCCGGCGAGUGCGUUCACACUAGAAAAACAUUGUAGAUCAUCAGGUAGAGAAGCUCUUCACGGCGGGAGAGCGGCUCCGACACCACGUGCUGUUUUAUGAACAUAGUCGUCAGAUGAUGAAAAUACUCAAUAAAACGCUGGGAUGUGGCUGUUUUGGCACGAAAUGGAGACAAGAUUGAUUUGUUUUUCUACUUAUGUUUCUUUCAUAUGUAUUCUGUGAUUAUGUGAGAGAUGUUUUAUUCCCCAUGAGCUGAAUCUGACCUACACAUCAAAUUACCCCAAACCAGAUGCCUUUUGAAAGUAGUGAUGCUCCAGUCGCUCAGGAAAUGAUCAGAAUUCACUGUUACUCCUUCUAAAUGAUCUGAGAAGAUGAAUAAAAGGUGAAUCCGUGUGGAUCUGCAGAUCCAGGCAGGCAGCGUCUGCAGGCUAUAUGGCAGCUAGAACAGAGUUUUGUCUAAAUGAAUUUACAGUUUUGGAGGAUCAUUUUUAUAUAUACAUAUAUUAGAGCUUCAUAUUUCAGCAGUAAACCAGAUUUAGCUUUUUGCCACACAGAAACUGCUCAGACUUCAGGUGAAAGGGACACCUGCCGAGUCUGGUGAUGUAUUUUGGAGAAUGACGAGAAGUCAUCAGCUACAGGAAACGGUGCUGUGUGUCACCGCUGUCUUACUUCACUGUGCUGACGUGCAUCAGCUCGUUCGCUCUGCAGAUUGGUUCAUCCCGGCUCCUGUCUUCUGUCUGCGUGAUGCAUCCCGUGGUGCCAGAUGUCACCUGUUAGAUGCUUGUUGGUUAUUGGAAGUACAGAGCGAUGUCAGAGAGACGUGAGUGGACGGGUUUCAGGAUUCAUCUGUAAAAACGGAUCACAACAGGAACCAUUUGGUUUCUGAUAGCAGCUGUUAAAAGCCUGACUGGAGCAUCCCUAUUUGAAAGGACAAGAAAUAAACUUUUUUCCCAAAAUAACAAUCUUUAUUCUGUUUAAAUUAAGUUUUUGCUUUUUACACAUUUUAUCUACUGAACAUGAAACAGGGCCAGACGGCAGCUGUACAACCAGCACUGACCAAAGAGGACGCACGCAUGAGCUACGAAUGCAUGUAGAUCACCGUACAUACAAGAUGUUACCGUGUGUAUUAUGUUAGCAGAAAAAGCCAAUAAAACGAAUUCUGCUGUAUUGUAA